AAACAGGUCUGCAAGAGGAUGGCAGGUGUUACUCACUUCAGUGUAGACAUCGGGAGAAGCUGCAAAUUGAAGAUGGGAAGAAGCUGACAGAGAGUUUGAGGCCAUCUUCUUUUCAUGUUGUGAAAUCAACAGGGUUAGGUGCCACCAGUGCUCGAGAACAAAUGCAAAAUAGUGAACCCCUUGCUUUAGAUGUCUGCCAAGAAAAUGAGAAAAGUUCAACCUUUAAAUCUGAUUGUAAAGAUCACGGAAAUGUUUAUGUAACAGGAAAGCCUUUCAUCUGUUCUGAAUGUGGUAAGCGAUUCUCGCAAACUCGAAAUCUUAAGACCCACUUAAGAAUUCACACCGGUGAGAAGCCGUAUUGCUGUGCUGAAUGUGGUAAACGAUUUUCUUACAGUAACAACUAUCAGAGACAUAGAAAAAUGCAUACUGGAGAGAAGCCAUAUUGUUGUAAUGAAUGUGGCAAACCAUUUUCAAAGUCCAGUGAUCUUCAAAUACACACAAGAGUUCAUACUAGAGAAAAGCCAUAUCCCUGUUCUGAAUGUGGGAGAAGAUUUGCACACAUCAGUAAUCUUAAGUCACAUACAACAGUUCACACUGGGGAGAAGCCAUUUUGCUGUUCAGACUGCAGCAAACAAUUUUCCCUGCUUGGUGAGCUAAAAAAGCACAAGAGGAUACAUACAGGUGUGAAACCACAUUGUUGUGCUGAAUGUGGGAAACGAUUCUUAAAGGCAAGCAAUCUUAAAGUACACUCAAGAGUUCACACAGGAGAAAAAACACACUGCUGUUCUAACUGUGGUAAGCGAUUCUCAAAUGCAAGUGAUGUUCAGAGACAUAUGAAAAUUCAUACUGGGGAAAAACCAUAUGGCUGUUUUGAAUGUGGCAAACAGUUUUCAACUGUCAGUUAUGUUACAAGGCACAUAAAGAUACACACUGGAGAGAAGCCAUAUAGCUGUUCUGAAUGUGGUAAACAAUUCUCGAUAAAAGGAAAUCUUCGAAGGCACACAAAAAUUCAUGCCGGAGAGAAGCUUCAUCCUGCUCAGAAUGUGGCUAACAAUUCUCGGAUAUACACAGACAUCAUGGACACACAAAAUCCCUCUCAGGAUGGAAGUCGUUUUGUUGUUCUGAAUGUGGCAAACAGUUCUUCUACAGAAGUAGUCUUCAGCAACACAUCAGAUUUCACUCUCAAUGGAACCCCACAUCAGAGUGACAUCAGGAUGACUUGACACAUAAAUGACCUGGUAAAAGUGAACCAUGGCUUGAUGACAUAGAGUGGUCCACUACAGUUAUUGGGGUACAGAGCUGGUAACUGUCACACACUUGAUUGUUUUAAGCAAAAUAAUGACAGCCUUAAUUGUGUAGAUGCAGAGAGUCCACGUAUUUUGCAGCAUUAUUAAAGAUGAGAGAAGCACUUGUAAAGUACCCCAUAAAGAAAUAAAGAGAAACACACAUAUAGUACCAUCCGGAAAGUAUUCACAGCGCAUCACUUUAUCCACAUUUUUCCUUAUUCCAAAAUGGAUUAACUUCAUUUUUUUCCUCAGAAUUCUACACACAACACCCCAUAAUGACAAUGUGAAAAAAGUUUUCUUGAGAUUUUUGCAAAUUUAUUAAAAGUAAAAAAAUUGAGAAAGCACAUGUACAUAAGUAUUCACAGCCUUUGCCAUGAAGCUCAAAAUUGAGCUGAGGUGCAUCCUGUUUCCCCUGAUCAUCCUUAAGAUGUUUC